AUGGAAGCUAUGAAGGAGAUGGUUGAGAAAGACUUAGGAGAAUUGAGAGAGACAUUCGCGAGCAGGAGGACAAGAAGCAUGAAGUGGAGGAAGAGACAGCUUAGUGCCAUAAUCGAGAUGGUUAAAGACAAAGAAGAUGAGAUCUGCGAAGCUCUGUUUCAAGAUCUUGGCAAACACUACACGGAGGCUUAUAGAGAUGAGCUUGGUAUUGUCAAGAGAUCAGCCACUACUGCUUUAAACUGUCUCGAUCAAUGGGUCCUCCCCAAAAAGAGCAAACUUCCUCUGAUGUAUUUGCCAAUUAAAGGGAAAGUGAUCUCAGAACCACUAGGAACUGUUCUGAUUUUUUCCAGCUGGAAUUUCCCCAUAUAUCCACUCAUUGGAGCAAUAUCAGCAGGGAGUACCGUGAUGCUCAAGCCUUCUGAGCUAAGCCCUAAUUCUUCCUCUUUCCUCGCUAAGACGAUCCCAACUUACUUAGACUCUAAAGCUAUCAAAGUACUUGAAGGCGGGCCUGAUAUCGCCACAAUCCUCUUGCAACAUAAGUGGGACAAGAUCUUCUUCACCGGGAGCCAAAGGGUAGGACGGGUUGUGAUGUCUGCAGCUGCACAGAAUUUAACUCCAGUAACCUUGGAGCUUGGUGGAAAAUGUCCGACCAUUCUUGAUGAUAGAUCCAUCCCAAGGGAUAUCAAGACGGCUGUGACGAGGAUCUCAGGAGGAAAGUGGGGAUUUUGUAGUGGACAAGUUUGUAUCGCUGUUGAUUAUCUUCUUGUCGAACAAAGAUUCGCGUCUUCUCUGAUUGAUAUGUUGAAGCAAAAUAUCAAAUCGUUCUACGGUGAAAACCCUAAGGACUCUGGAUGUAUUUCGAAGAUCGUGAACAAGAAUCAUUUCUUGAGACUGUCACGUUAUCUAGAUGAUCCUCGUGUUAAAGCUUCCAUGGUUCAUGGCGGUUCCAUAGACGAAGAGAAACUGUAUAUCGAGCCAACAAUCUUGUUGGACCCUCCUCUUGAUUCCGAGAUCAUGACUGAAGAUAUCUUCGGACCUAUCCUUCCGAUUAUUACCUUACGUGAUAUCCAAGAAAGCGUAGAGUUCGUGAGGUCAAGACCAAAGCCACUUGCCCUUUACGUAUUCACCAAAGACGACAACCUCAAAACCAGAAUCUUGUCGGAAACAUCCUCAGGAAGCGUCACGUUCAACGACGUAAUGAUCCAGUCUGUUUGCGAAGCGUUACCAUUUGGAGGAGUAGGAGAGAGUGGGAUGGGAAGGUACCAUGGGAGAUACUCUUACGAAUGUUUCAGCCACGAGAAAGUCGUCGUGGAAGGAAACUUAGCCGUGGAGUUAGAAGCUCGAUAUCCGCCAUGGAACCCAUACAAGCUUAGCUUCUUAAGGCUCGCUUUUGUUGAAGAUCUCUUCGGUCUUGCCCUCCUUAUGUUAAGGUUCUACGUCACUAGUCUCUUUAAUUAUGUUGUCAACAAAUUAUAA